UCACACACGCGCGCGCUCCCACACACACAGAGGCUGUCAAAGCAGACACCGAACAAGAGACGGAUGCACUUAACGGGGUGUGCUCAGAAGGAGAGUGACGCGCAUCCACUACACCGACAGAGGAAGCAAAGUGGUUGCUCAUGCAAGCAAAAGACUGAUGUAAAACAAAGCCAAAACCAACAGUAAGUCCCCAUCCCAAUGAGUCUAUGUGCCCAAACCGACUGAGUCCAGCCCACUACAACCGCCCACUUGCACCGACAGACACAGGGAGAGGAUCAGUAAGCACACCGCCUUGCAACGAGCGACCUGCAUGAACAAACAAGGAUCAACAAGAACCCAUGCAUCGUAUCCUUCCUGCCGACCUGUCCGUACUCCGCUCUAGCGCUACUCCGCCUCCAUGGCGUCCACUUUGGCACGGAUCAGAGCCGCCGUGCGCGGGAACCGCUGAGCUGCGCUCCGUUGCCUCGGAACACGAGGCUCAGUAGUGACGAUCGAUAGAUUAGACGUGUGGCUUGGUUGGUGGUAUACGUUCACGUUCAUGAAGGCUGCAAACUCGUCAGUCGCUUUGUCACCGCACACGACCGCAGUUGUACUGCACCACCCCCACUCAGGGGAGCAGCUCUUCCACACGUACGCCAGCCGACUCCCGCUCCACGUUGGGCCCAUCUGGGAGGUGAGUUUUCCGAGCCGCUCCGUCAGCUGCUGCUGGGCGGUCCGCGUCAUGAUCUCGUCUGGCUUGAUGCGCCUUGAGCGGUUGUUGAUGCCUUCAAUACCUCUGAAGAUCACGUGGAGGCAGAAGUCAGUGAAGGAUGCGGCUGUGUCGCUCGACGAUGCGGCUUCGUCCCUCUCGUCUGCACAUAGGCAGACAAAUGAGCAAACUACUUCAAGCAUCCUCAUGUGUGUUGUUACGUGCUCCUUUUGCCUCACAUAUGACUGGUGGGUCUGAUGUGUUGACAGUGAGUAGGUCGCCUGGCAACAUGUCGGGCGUCAGGACUCGCUUAAAUGCCUCUGUAAGCGCCUGGCGGUCUCGAGCUUUGAUACUUUUGCUGAAAAUAGACGGGGUGCCUGCAUCGUCAGCUCGAGAACGAAAUAGCGAAAGCUGUCGCAUAGCCGCGGGUUGGGAAUCGAACUCCAUCUUGGUGCCCACUUGGCGCACGUCAUCAGGAGUGAUGAUGACCGGCAGAGAAGGGAGGUGGCCGCAGUUCUUCAGCAAGUGAAGAAGCUGCAAACAGCGCUCCCACGGCCCUCCCUCCUCGACAAAGUGCGUCAUCCGGAGCAGAUAAUCCAUCCGACUUAUCCUCUUCCGGAACCCGAACAGAACCAGCAGUCCACCCCAAAGAUGCUUUUGAAUCAACUCCACGACUUUUGUCUGCUUGUCAGAAACCCUUCUCAGGAAGAGGGAUCCGAAAAACUCGUCCACCCGUCCCGAUUCUACGGCUUCACAACAAAUGACGAUCGCGCCGGUGACGCAGAGGAAGAACAACGGCGCAGCCACCGCCAAGGCACAUACCAUUAUCAAGCAC